AGUCCUGGGUUAUGGGCCCCGUGUGGCUUUGGUCAUGUUUGUAGUGCUGUAGCUGACGCCAAACAGUUCCUCAAGGUCAUUCGCUUAGCCUGUGGAUGCCUAUUGUGUAUUAGCAUUACUCGCUCCGCUCUCUGAGCAACUUAAAUCAAUUUGUCCAAAGUGCUGUCAUUAGCACUGAUCACAAGAUGUCGUGAUCAUUUGUUUAUAUGUCUAUUUUCUUUCCCUCCAUCACGUCCCGUUAAACUGUAAUCUUGAACAGUGCUUGGUAAAUUGUUGAAUGAAUGAAUAGGGCGCCUCCACCAGGUGUUGCAAGUCUAAACCGAGCUGUGUGCUCUGGCUAUUUCCAUUCUAGAAGGCGAGUUAUGUCAGCAAGAUGACCAUGUCAUUAGACUUUGGCAGUGUGGCACUACCAGCGCAAAAUGAAGAUGAGGAAUAUGACAAAGAGGACUAUGAAAGAGAGAAAGAGUUGCAGCAGUUACUCACAGACCUUCCCCAUGACAUGCUGGAUGACGACCUCUCCUCUCCCGAGCCCCAGUAUUCGGACUGCAGCGAGGAUGGCACAGACAGACAACCACAUCAUCCUGAGCAAUUGGAGAUGAGCUGGAAUGAGCAAAUGCUGCCCAAAUCUCAAAGUGUAAAUGACUAUAAUGAAAUUCAGAGUUUAUAUGCUGGAGAAAAAUGUGGCAAUGUCUGGGAAGAAAACAGAAGUAAAACUGAAGACCGACAUCCUGUGUACCAUCCUGAAGAAGGUGGAGAUGAAGGUGGAAGUGGUUAUACUCCUCCAAGUAAAUGUGAACAGACUGAUUUAUAUCACCUUCCUGAAAACUUUAGGCCAUAUACCAAUGGUCAGAAGCAGGAAUUUAAUAACCAACCAACCAAUGUAAUUAAAUUUUCAGAUCCUCAAUGGAACCAUUUUCAGGGUCCCAGUUGUCAAGGUUUGGAACCGUAUAAUAAAGUGACAUAUAAACCUUAUCAGUCUUCUGCCCAGAAUAAUGGCUCACCAGCCCAGGCGAUAACAGGAAGUGACACAUUUGAAGGCCUGCAACAACAAUUUUUAGGAGCUAAUGAGAACUCUGCAGAAAAUAUGCAGAUUAUUCAACUUCAGGUUCUUAACAAAGCAAAAGAGAGACAACUGGAGAACUUAGUUGAAAAGUUAAAUGAAAGUGAAUGCCAAAUUCGAUAUCUGAAUCACCAGCUUGUAAUAAUAAAAGAUGAAAAGGAUGGUUUGACUCUCAGCCUUCGAGAAUCACAGAAACUCUUUCAGAAUGGAAAAGAAAGAGAGAUACAGCUUGAAGCUCAAAUAAAAGCACUGGAGACUCAAAUACAAGCAUUAAAAGUCAAUGAAGAACAGAUGAUCAAGAAGUCCAGAACAACUGAAAUGGCUCUGGAAAACUUGAAGCAGCAGCUGGUGGACCUUCAUCAUUCUGAAUCACUUCAACGAGCUAGAGAACAGCAUGAGAGCAUUGUUAUGGGCCUCACAAAGAAGUACGAAGAGCAAGUAUUGUCCUUACAAAAGAAUUUGGAUGCCACAGUCACCGCACUUAAAGAACAGGAAGACAUUUGCUCUCGUUUGAAAGAUCAUGUGAAACAACUGGAAAGGAAUCAAGAAGCAAUCAAGUUAGAAAAGACUGAGAUCAUUAAUAGGUUGACGAGAAGUCUAGAGGAGAGUCAAAAGCAGUGUGCCCACUUGUUGCAGUCCGGGUCAGUACAAGAGGUGGCUCAGCUACAAUUCCAGCUGCAGCAAGCACAGAAGGCACAUACUAUGAGUGAAAACAUGAACAAGGCUUUGCAAGAAGAAUUAACAGAACUAAAAGAUGAAAUUUCUCUCUAUGAAUCUGCUGCAAAACUAGGAAUACAUCCAAGUGACUCAGAAGGAGAAUUAAAUAUAGAACUGACUGAAUCAUAUGUGGAUUUGGGUAUUAAAAAGGUCAACUGGAAAAAAUCCAAAGUUAACAGCAUUGUACAACAAGAAGACCCAAAUGAAGAGCUUUCAAAAGAUGAGUUCAUUCUGAAGUUAAAGGCAGAAGUGCAGCGUUUGCUGGGUAGCAACUCAAUGAAGCGUCGUCUGGUGUCUCAGUUACAAAAUGACCUCAAAGACUGUCAUAAGAAAAUCGAAGAUCUCCACCAAGUGAAGAGGGAUGAAAAAAGCAUUGAGGUUGAGACUAAAACAGAUACCUCAGAAAAACCAAAGAAUCAAUUGUGGCUUGAGUCUUCUACUUCUGAUAUUGUCAGAGAUGAUAUUCUGCUGCUUAAAAAUGAAAUUCAAGUUUUACAACAACAAAAUCAGGAACUUAAAGAAACUGAAGAAAAACUGAGAAAUACAAAUCAAGACUUAUGUAAUCAAAUGAGACAAAUGGUACAAGAUUUUGACCAUGAUAAACGAGAAGCUGUGGAUAGGUGUGAGAGGACUUACCAGCAGCACCACGAAGCCAUGAAAACUCAAAUACGUGAAAGCCUAUUAGCAAAGCAUGCUUUGGAGAAGCAGCAGCUCUUUGAGGCUUAUGAGAGAACUCAUGUGCAAUUGAGGUCUGAGUUGGAUAAGGUGAAUAAGGAGAUGACUGCUGUGCAGGAAUGUUACCUAGAAGUGUGCAGAGAGAAGGAUCAUCUAGAAUCGACUCUCAGGAAGACCACUGAAAAGGAGCAACAGGCUCAGGAGAAGAUCAAAGAAAAACUCAUUCAACAGCUUGAAAAGGAGUGGCAGUCUAAGCUGGAUCAAACUAUAAAGGCAAUGAAAAAGAAGACCUCAGAUCGUGGCAGCCAAACUGACCAAGUAACCACCAGUGAUGUUAUUUCCAAGAAAGAGAUGGCAAUCAUGAUAGAAGAGCAGAAGUGCAUAAUCCAGCAACACUUAGAACAAGAGAAGGACAUAGCCAUCAAGGGGGCUAUGAAGAAACUGGAAAUUGAAUUGGAACUCAAGCAUUGUGAAAAUAUCGCCAAACAGGUAGAAAUAGCUGUGCAAAAUGCUCGUCAGCGAUGGCUGGGAGAACUACCUGAGCUUGCAGAGUAUCAAGCACUUGUGAGGGCAGAACAGAAAAAGUGGGAAGAACAACAUGAGGUCUCUGUGAACAAAAGGAUAUCAUUUGCUGUUUCUGAAGCUAAAGAGAAAUGGAAGAGUGAGCUUGAAAAUAUGAAGAAAAAUAUACUUCCUGGAACGGAAUUGGAAGAGAAGAUUCAUUCUCUUCAGAGGGAACUCGAACUAAAGAACGAAGAAGUCCCUGUGGUCAUCAGGGCUGAGUUAGCGAAGGCUCGGAGUGAGUGGAACAAAGAAAAGCAGGAAGAAAUCCGCAGAAUCCAAGAACAAAAUGAGCAAGAUUACCGGCAAUUUUUGGAUGAUCACCGAAAUAAAAUUAAUGAGGUGCUUGCGGCAGCUAAAGAAGACUUUAUGAAACAAAAAACUGAACUGCUUCUUCAGAAGGAGACAGAAUUACAAACAUGUCUAGACCAGAGUCGUAGAGAAUGGACUAUGCAGGAAGCCAAGCGGAUCCAACUGGAAAUCUAUCAGUAUGAGGAAGACAUCCUGACUGUACUUGGGGUUCUUUUAAGGGAUACCCAAAAGGAGCACGUCAGUGAUUCUGAGGACAAGCAGCUUUUGGAAAUCAUGUCGACUUGUUCUUCAAAAUGGAUGUCUGUGCAAUAUUUUGAAAAACUAAAGGGCUGCCUACAGAAAGCAUUUCAAGAUACACUUCCUCUGCUUGUAGAAAAUGCUGACCCACAAUGGGAAAAGAGAAAUAUGGCCAAGCUCUCUAAGGAUUCUGCCAGCCGGAGCACUGGCCAAGGAGUCCCUGGAUCUGCUGCUGGACACCAUGCUCAGCCCUUGGCCUUACAAGAAACAGAAGCAGAAGCUGAUAAGAAAAAGAUCCUUGAAAUUAAGGAUUUAUGCUGUGGACACUGCUUCCAAGAACUUGAAAAGGCAAAGCAGGAAUGUCAAGAUCUGAAAGGAAAACUGGAGAAAUGCUGUAGGCAUCUUCAGCAUUUAGAAAGGAAGCACAAAGCUGUAGUGGAAAAAAUUGGAGAAGAGAAUAAUAAAGUUAUUGAAGAAUUAAUAGAAGAAAACAAUGACAUGAAGAAUAAAUUGGAAGAACUGCGAACGCUUUGUAAAACACCACCAAGGUCAUUGUCAGCAGGGGCCAUUGAAAAUACUUGCCUGCCAUGCAGUGGGGGAGCCUUGGAAGAACUUCGUGGGCAGUACAUUAAAGCUGUAAAAAAAAUUAAACGUGACAUGCUUCGUUAUAUUCAGGAGAGUAAGGAACGAGCUGCAGAAAUGGUAAAAGCAGAGGUACUGCGAGAACGUCAAGAAACCGCCCGAAAGAUGCGCAAAUAUUAUUUGAUUUGCCUCCAACAGAUUUUGCAGGAUGAUGGAAAAGAAGGGGCUGAGAAAAAGAUUAUGAAUGCUGCUAGCAAACUUGCUACAAUGGCAAAAUUGCUGGAAACACCUAUUUCUAGUAAGUCCGAGAGCAAAACUACACAGUCUGCACUGCCCCUAACUUCAGAGAUGCUGAUUGGAGUUGAAAAAUCAAAAAGAAAUGAUGUGAAUCAGAAAAUACCAUGUUGUAUUGAAAGCAAAUCAAAUAGUGUAAACACCAUCACCAGAAGUGUGUGUGAACAAGCUCCCAAGAGGAGGGCAGCUUGUAACUUACAAAGACUGUUAGAGAACUCAGACCAUCGGAGCAUAAAGCAUGUGGGAUCCAAAGAGACACAUUUGGAAUUCCAGUUUGGGGAUGGUAGUUGCAAGCACCUACACAGUUUGCCAAGGAAUGUUUCUCCUGAGUUUGUUCCUUGCGAAGGUGAAGGAGGCUUUGGUUUGCACAAGAAGAAAGCCUUACUCAGUGAUAAUGGUUCUGAAUCACUUCCGCAUUCAGCUGCGUACCCCUUUCUUGGAAUCUUAGGAAAUAAACCCUCACCUAGAUGUACCCCUAGUCCUUCUGAAUCAGGAUGCAUGCAUAUAACCUUUCGCGAUUCUAAUGAAAGACUUGGUUUAAAAGUAUAUAAAUGCAAUCCACUCAUGGAAAGUGAAAAUGCUGCAUCUAAGAAAAGUCAAGGUUUGGAUGUUCAGGAACCUCCAGUAAAAGAUGGAGGGGACCUUAGUGACUGCUUGGGCUGGCCUUCCAGCAGUGCAACCUUAUCCUUUGAGAGUCGUGAAGCAUCAUUUGUACAUGGUAGACCACAAGGAACUUUGGAAAUACCAAAUGAAUCUGUUAAUUCCAAACAGUUUUCACCAUCCGGUUAUCUUUCAGACACAGAGACAAGUAAUAUGAUUUGUCAAACAAUGAAAUGUCAGCAUGAUCAAACUCCAUACCUGUCAGAAGAAACCAUGUAUUUGGAGCCAGGAAAGAUCAGUGUGACUCGUGGACACCCAUCUCAUCAUAAGGCUGAUAGAUUAAAGUCAGAUUUCAAAAAACUGAGCAGUACAUUACCAUCUUCAGUGUGUCAGCAGCCUUCAAGAAAAUUAAUUGUUCCACUAUCUAGCCAACAAGAUAGUGGCUUUGAUAGCCCAUUUGUUAAUCUAGACUGAUUAUGGUACAGUAUUUAAGAAGAAUCAUUAAUAUAUUAAGAAAAAUGGAAGGGAAGACCUCAUACUGAAAAAAGUGGUGAGCCCUGCCUCUUUUGAGAUGUUUUCAUAACAUCUGUUAUACGAGUAAAGCAUUCUCCUAAAAUUACUUGAGAUAUUUAUAUUGCCUUAAUAUUCCAAAGGCCUGAUGGUGUAUGUAUAAUCUGCUUUUGUGUGGUGCUUACUUUUGGUUGCUAAACCAUCUAUUUUUAUACUUGUAAAUUGACUCACUCUGCAGUGUUAACUUAUUUAAAUAAACUUGCAUAUGGU